AUGUCUUCUCGUCGAGUCUCACUUCCAGUGACUCUUAGUGCACCGCGGAAUUACUCUUCGAACUCCCGCCUAUCACCUCCAUCGCCUUCGUAUAUAACAAGGAGAAGCCAUGGUAACGCUGUCAAUUCAAAACUGCCAACACAUGGGCAACGUCGCUCUCUUCCUGGUACUCCCAGAAACAUCAGCCCACGAUAUCGUGCAUUGCCGCAUCUUGAUGAAGGUUCCUGCAGUAGUUCGAGCUCGGAGAAUUCGCCACGUCAUCCGAGCCGUGUCAAUCUUUCCCGAAGGUUCAAAUUUUCGUUACGCGAAGGCAGUUUGAUGGAAACGAACAACAAUGUCUGUGCAAAGAACUUACUACGAGAAAUUGAACCAAUCGAGGGACAACUUCGUAGUUUUGGCUUUAAACAUGGAUCGUUGGUGGAUAAUGGCUACGAGCUCAAAAGUCUGGCAAAAACAAUUGCACGAAAAAGAAGUGAAACCAGAAGAGCGACCUGCCCCGAAAUUUAUCUUCAUACCGAGACGAAUAAUCCGACCCGCCAUGUUGUACUCCGACUAUACGGUAGUCGAAAUACUGGCAAAAAAACCCUCGCGCACCAAAUCCAUCACGUCGCCUCGACUACCAAACCGGAACAAACACAUAUCAUUUCAAGUGGAGUUGAACAAACAACAUCAAAGACAAUCAAUUUCCUCCUGAACGGCGAAGAAAUCCAGCUAGAGAUAGUUAUGGAAUCAACACUUGAGUCCUCACCAUUCGCCAACCACCUAACCAUGUAUGUUGUUGUGUAUUCCGUAGAUAGCAGGGAAUCAUUCAAACGGGCUACUAAUUUACUCUACAGGAUUCACCAAGCUCGGAAUUCCCCUCUAGUCCCGGUAGUUCUUGUAGGAAAUAAAAUAGAUCUGAAGAGACAUAUCGUGAUCUCUACGUUAGAGGGAAAAUCACUGGCAAAAAUCUACAAGUGCAGUUUUCUUGAGGUUUCCGCGUUGCUUUCGAUGAACACUGACACUCUGUGGGCAGAACUAAUCAAACAAAUCCAGGAUCCAUCCGAAUACAAGCCGUCAGAUCACUCAUGGAUGCAUCGACUUCUUCUACGAGGUCGAAGUAUUGCUAAAUCAUGUGAAGAGAUCGUUCAGCGAAUUAUAGCCUAA